AUGGUUAUUCAAGAGGAUGAUCUCUACCCCCCAUCCUUAUUCGGACUGUUUCAAGUGCCCCUGGUCAAUUUGAGAUUUGAGAGUCAAAGACGGUGGCGCUCGGCCAACUCCACCGAAACAAGCGAGAUUUCGAUUCUGAUAUUGAGGCGGGAUGAUUGGUAUUGGUCUCAGGGUCGAGGUUGGAGUGUUACCCUCAACUGGUGUGAUAUUGGUUCGACAAUUUUCAAUGUUUCUCUGGCGAAACUGAAGACCUCCAGACGAACUUGGGCUUUCCAGUCAUCGGAGGGAAGUCGCAUUGCUCUGGAGGUCCUUGAGCGUCUGGAUCAGCUUCAACACUGCCUACCCUCAUUUCGCCCGCGGGUCGGUUUCGAAGUUAACCCUCCCAAGGCUGGUGUUACUCGACUAUUUAGGUUCCGCUAUACGCCGAAAAUGGCUUCAAUUUCCUUACCUCUACAACCCCAGACUAUGUCAGCGCUUUCUCAAUACUUCGAUUCGGCGGAUCAACCACCCACCGGACACCACCGUCGCAAUCCCACCAUGUCCGCGCCUCUUCCAAAUCCACCUUUCGUCUUUCCCGCGCGCGAUCCGGAUGAGGGCCGUGAUCAAGGUCCAGAACUUGCCAGCAGUGCCCCACUACCUCUCCCAGCGUUUUCUUUCAACCCAGGAUCUGUAGACACAGCCCAGCCGACUGCCCCUUCCAAUCGACAAAGUGGACACCCUAGUGGACACCGUCGACGAUGUAGCGAGUUCAUUGGUGGUGAGCAACUGGUCAGCCCUGGAAACUUGAAUGCCGGCCAAACAAGCGAUGAAGGAUUGACAACACCGGUCAAACUCCCGGCCCCAGGACCCGGGUUCAGUGCGGGGAAUCGUCGCCGACAUGCCCAUCGACGCUCAGCGGCCAUAUCAAGUGUCGAUUUAACUGCAAUUACACAUGCGCUUGAAACAAAGCCUUACGCUGAGAGUGCACCUUGUACGCCGGCAGAUGCAAAACGGGGCCCAAAAACCCCCGGGGAGUCCCCACAGCCUUUAUCAUAUCCAGCUACCAGCCUAUUCCGGCAUACUCCUCCGGAUUCUCCCGAAAUUGUGAUUGAUGGACCAUCUGCAUCUCUCCAGAAACCGACGGAAGCUCCUUUGGAUUCACACACGUUGAGUGAAGCCUUGUCAUCUCAAGAUUCCGGGCUCAAGGACGCUGUAGAGCCAGAAAUUCCUGCCAGAAAGAGCGAGACUAUCCUCUCCGUUGCCACAGAUGAAUCGCCGUUUGGAAGCCAAAAGCCGAAGCCUAGACCGAGAACUGCUGAUGCAUCCUUGAUGCUUGAUUUUCCCGGAACUGGUAUGGUUGAUGAUUCUAGCCCCUCGAAGCGACCCCUCUCUGCAGCAGGCCAUUCUCGUGCUCAUAAAAGCAUGUCCUCUGGGAUCCUUGAGGCGGCGUUGAGGAAAAGCGACCAUGCAGAUGAAGACCGCAUUUUCCCACAGUCCCUGAGACGAUCCACAGAUGACGACUCUGACGUAUCAAUGGAUGAUACCCAUGAUGCGUCGGAAUCACCUACCUCAUCUAAGCGGAAAUUGAAAGCCAAGAAGAGACAAAAGAAAGUUAAGUCCUGGGCUGGUGCCAUUUUGACUCGGGGCAAGGGUAAACGACAUCAUUCGAAGAAAGACACCCCUAAUGCAGAGCCUACUAUUCCUCCUCCGGUACUGACCCGGACUAACUCAGACCUUGGGUCUGGUCUUGACGUGGAUUUCGAUGACGAUAACAUUGUCGUUAUUCGAACACCAACUAAUCCUACAACCCCGGAACUCCGCCAAACUCCUGGCGAGAAUGAGACGUGGGCGUCUCUGGAGACCUCUUGGAAACCCAGGAGUUUCUAUGAGCAAGCCACGGGCAGCGACGCUUUUAGCCCCGUGAUUGACCUGGAUGCCGCCUUAGGACCUUUUAAUACCCCUGACAUGCGAUCUGGCCAACCUCCUGAGAGUGGCUUCUCUGCAGCAACCAGGAGAAUGUAUAGCGGCGGGCGGCGCGGUGAAUUUGUUGGCCCAGAAAUGCGCUAUCAUCGUCGUGCGGAGAGCGCCCCAGAAAUGCCCCCGUUCGAUCGAAGCUUUUUAGGUGCCCACCGGCUUGCGACCACCUCGUCUUUGGAGAAUCCAGAUGUCUUCUAUGAAGAAGAGGAAGAUGCAUUUUUAGCAGCUACUAGCGAUUCGGGCAAGGAUAGUGUGGAAUAUCUUCCCACUGAGGAUACUACCCCAGAUUCCAACGAUGUGGACAGUGAGUCAGACGAACGCAAGGAUAGUUCCGACACCAUCGCUCGACAAUCUGUGGAAGAUAUAGCUACACCGGCGGAACAUUCAGGCCUUGGAAUCCAGCACAUUGGCCGUAAUCAGGCAACACCCAUCGAUAUCACAUCGCCAGCCCCGGAGGAGCAAAGUGAGGAUGAGCAGGAAACCCCUCCUGCCCAGGUUGAGAAAAGCACGAAUAUGCUCUCCAGCCGACCAAAAACUCCAAUAGACUUGGUCAAACAAGAGGAUAGGAAGAAUAAAAUCCCGAUUCCUCCCAGCCCCGACGUCUCGCCUCGAUUUUUACCAAUUGAUCACCGGCCUGUUACGUCUCCCACCGAGCUUGCCUCCGCAAUACCCCCAUUUUCUCUUCCUAGCGCUUGCUCCCUUCCUAAUUCUUCUUUUCCUUCGCCGGAUUUCACCAUAUCGUCCGAAGCGCCUCGUUCAAUCACUACAUCGUCAACUACUGAUCCCUUCCCCCAUACUUCCAUGGAAGAUGUGCCUUCAUUGACGAGUAGCGCGUCAACCAUGACGAACACGCUCAACCGCGUCUCCGCCACCUUUUUCUCACGCCCCCGGCUGUCAACCGAUCGCUCAGCAUCCUUUUCGGCCACGGUUCCUCGCCGUGCCAGCCAACCUAGCGCCUCCAAGCGAACCAGCCUCGCAAGUCUUUCUAAGCUCAUGGUAGGACCACAUACGGAACGUAGCAAGCUAAGCCACGAAGAGAAACCACCGGGGGAUGAGCCUGAAACCGCCAAGAAAAAGGGCCACCGAAUUAGUCGUCUAAUGCACUUUUGGAGAACAAAAGAUAAAGACAGGCUUAAUGAGAAUACUGUUGAAGAAUAA